AUGGUCACUCGGUCUAAACUAGGUGUGGUAAAACCAAAUCCUAAGUAUGCCUUAACCACCAUCACAUCAGCUAAUAUACCUCGUGAGCUGCACAAUAUUAAAAUUGCAUUGGCACAUCCUGGUUGGAAAGCAGUCAUGGACGAGGAGCUGGUUGCACUACAUAAGAAUGAGACCUGGAAACUGGUUCCUCGAACACCAAGCAUGCAUGUCAUUGGUUCAAAAUGGGUGUUUAAAUCAAAACUCAAGCCAAAUGGUUCUUUAGAUCGACUCAAAGCACAUUUAGUUGCAAAAGGGUAUCAUCAAAUUGAUGGAGUAGACUACACAAAAACUUUUUCUCCAGUUCUCAAACCAGGGACAAUACGCAUGAUAAUUACCAUAGCUCUUGUUCAAAAGUGGUCCAUUCGUCAACUAGAUGUAAAAAAUGCUUUAUUGCAUGGUUUAAUUUCUGAAGAUCUAUACAUGCAACAACCACCAAGAAUGGUAGACUCUUAA